AUGGCGAAAGAUUGGAGAAAUUAUGGGGCAGUUCCUAUAGAGACACAAGCACAAAUAGAAGAUGGCCGGCCGUUGACCCAGCAUGAAGAAAAGGGAUCGAAUGUGAUAGCUUAUAUGCAUAUUGUAUGUGUUGUAGCUGGAUCAGGAACGUUAGGAAUGUCGUAUGCUAUUUCUCAAGGCGGAUGGGUCUCUGUGAGUUUGUUGAUAUUGGCGGGAAUAAUGUCUACUUACUCAAACAACAAGUUGAUAGAGAGUUUAUAUUAUAACAGUCAAUCUCGUCGAAGUUCCCUGAGCAAUAUUGCUCAAGAUGCAUUCGGUAAAGCCGGCACUUGUUUCGUCAGCUUCCUCUAUGUCGUCAUCCAAACCGGAUGUCCGAUUCUAUACCUCAUUCUAUCCGGUGAUAACCUCAAAACUCUGUUGUCAAAGAUUGGAAUAGACUUGAGUGUUAAUCUGUUGAUUUUGAUUUGUGGAGUUACGAUGUGUGUGCCGUUUGUGUUUACCAAGAACCUGAAGGAAGGGGCUUGGUUGAGUUUCUUUGGCACUCUCUCAACAGCGUUUGUAGUCUUUGUCGUAUGCAUAGUAUCAUUGAUAGACUACCCUAAUAACCGUUCCAACGGACAUGACCUCGUCAACAUACGUAAUAUCCCUCUUGCCAUGGCCACGUUUAAUUUUGGGUACGGUGGUAAUGUGGUAUAUCCACACAUCGAAGCAGGCAUGCGCACACCAGCUUCUUGGCCGAGAGUAAAUGCUCUUGCCAUGAUGACCGUGACUGCGUUCUACCUCCUAAUAGGCAUACCAGGUUACCUCACCUAUGGGCACUUUACCGUCUCUCCCAUCUACAAUAACCUUCCGGCAGGCUUUUCAGUAACACUCUCAAUUGCCAUGAUCACAAUCCAUGUACUGCUUGCGCUACCUAUUUACUUGACAUCCUUUGCUUUGGACAUUGAGAAAUUUUUGAAAAUUGACAAAUCGAUAAUUGGAGCCAGGAACGAGUUUGUGUAUAGAGUGUUCUUAAGAGUGCUCUUGAUGAGCUUUAUAAUCUGGGUUGCAGUGUCGGUGCCGUUUUUUGCUGAUUGGAUGUCGUUUUUGGGAGCGAUGGCUAACGGGAUGUUGAUUAUAGUCAUUCCAGUGUUGAUAUGGGUGAAGCUUGUAGGGUGGAAACAAGUGAAAGCUGGGGAAAGAAUGUGGAUUGUAGCAAGUAUGGGAAUUAGUAUUGUUGGUGCUUGUGUUGGCACAUGGGAUGCUGUUGGAGUGUUGUGGAGAGAUAUUGCGAACGGGUCAAACUAG